CCUCGAUGGCGUGCACUGUAUGAAGUCUGUAAACGAGCUGGCGUCUCUGUAUCCCAACGCAUCUUCCCCGGGGCCACAGACGCUAGAUUCGUCCGCCAGUAUCAUCUGAUGCCCAAUGCUCGACCAAACAGCAAGCCCAUCGAGGCUAUUGGGUUCUCACCGAUGCGACACACCCCGGUCCUAUUGCAUGAUCAUGAUGAGCGUUUGUCUGUGGACCAGUUCUUACUCGGCUGUUACGUCUACACCGAUCUGGUGUAUGAGCUUGGUCAAAUGUGA